AUGUUUUGGUAUGGACAAAGGGCUAAGCUGGAUCUGGAUCGAGGGUCGCGGACCGACCCUAAGGACUAUCUACGUGCAAUUGCCGACAAGGAAGUCAAAUGGAUUGAGAAAUACGGGAAGCCUCUUGAAAAUGGCUUUCCUCACAACAUCGCAUUUCCCGGCCUGAAGUCCCCACAGGGUUACCUUGAGCUCCUCAGGAAGUACAUGACAAUAGCACCAUAUCUCCUCCCACAAGAGCAAGGAAAUAAUUUGAGCAAACCCACUUUGCGACAUCCUGAUCUUACCCCUAGCAAUGUCUUCGUAUGUCCAGAUACAUUCAAAGUGAGAUCCAUUAUCGAUUGGCAACAUACAAUCGUUACACCAUUACUUCUUACAGCCAGAUAUCCCAAGCUGUUCGAGAACCCUGACCCAAAGCCCCCCAGUGAGUUGAAACCACCAAAGUACCCUCCGGGCUACGAGACCAUGAGUCCCGAUGAGCAAGCUCAAGUCGACGAGCUUAUACGACGGCAAAGUCUCUUCUACCUCUAUCGUGUUUUCAACGGGGGCUUGAACAAGGUACACCUUGAGGCGCUGCGAGAUCCUCUCAUACUACAACGUCAGCACCUCGUGGACUCUGCAGGUCGUCAGUGGUCUGGAGAUAUUGUUACUCUACGUGGGGCCCUCAUGCGAAUGCAAAACCUUUGGUCUUAUCUCAUCGGCAAGGAUCACCAUAUCAAAUGCCCCAUAGAUUUCUCGGAACAAGAAGCAAAUGACCAGGCUGAAAGUGAGCAAACGUGGUACAAUCUGAAUAUACUAAUCAAUCAGUGGCGCGACGAACUCGGUGGGCUCUCAGAAGAACGGUGGCUACCUGCCCAGCGGUAUGAGGCUGCUGUGAAAAGGAACAAAUCCUUGAUGGCCGAAUUUUCCGACGGCGCCAGUCCAGAUGAGCUAGAAAAACUGAAACAAGGUUUGCCGUUUCAGGGUCACGACGAGCUCUACUGA